AUGGCUACUCCUAAGAUCUUUAUAACGGGAGCAACGGGUUACAUUGGAGGAGAUACACUCCACGUCCUUUACGAAAAACACCCAGACUGGAACUAUGCAGCUCUAGUACGAACAGAGCAAAAGGCUGAACCAGUCAAAAACGCAUUCCCCAAAGUCAGGAUUGUGAUAGGCAAUCUAGACGAUGCAGAUAUUCUAGAGAAGGAAGCUGCUGCUGCUGAUGUGGUGAUACAAACAGACACGGCCGAUGCGUCAGACAACGAACCAGCUGCCCGCGCCAUAGCCAAAGGCCUCGCACAACACACCAAACAGAAACCCGGUUUCUGGCUUCACACAGGCGGCACAGGGAUCCUAGCAUGGGAAGACAUGCGCGACAUGGACAACCGCCUCGGGACUCACUCAGACCGCACAUACAACGACUGGGCCGGCGUGCAAGACCUGACCUCCCUCCCCUCCGACGCCUUCCAUCGCAACAUCGACGAGCUGGUCCUUGAAGCCGGACGCAACGGUGGGCAGGGUGGUGGCAUCCGCACCGCCAUCGUGUGUCCGCCUACCAUCUUCGGCCGUGGCCGCGGCCCGAGUAACGCUCGUAGUCGCCAGGCAUACGAAAUGGCAAAAUUCAUCUUGAAAGAGAAGUACGUCCCCAUCAUCGGCAAAGGAGAAACGCUCUGGAACAACGUGCACGUGCACGAUUUGAGUGAGCUCUUUGUGCUGCUUGCCGAGGCCGCGGUAUCUGGGAAACGCAACGACGACGAGGAGUUGUGGGGUGAGAAGGGGUACUUCCUUACUGAUGCUGCAGAGCAUAAGUGGGCGGAUCUUGCGAGGAAGAUGGGAGAGAAGGCGGUGGAGCUGGGGUUAGUGAAGACGGAUGGGGGUGCGAAGUUGGAGGAGAAGAAGCUGGCGAAACAAGAGGCGCUUGAUCGGGCUGGGUUUGAGGCGGUCAGUUGGGGAUUGAACAGUAGGGGCAAGGCUGAGAGGGGGAAUAAGACAGUCGGGUGGGUGCCGAACAAGGGCAAGAUUGAGGAUUAUGUGGAGGAGAUUUUGAAGGAUGAGAAGGAAAGACUGGAUCAGGAGUGA